GUGCUCUGUGAAGAGUAAAUCCAAUACCAUCAUGUGCACCACCUUCAGGCAUCUCGCUGCGGUAUACCACGACUACAGUCCCGCCAAAGCCAUUAUUACAGCCCCGCACUGGCACUAGCGCGAGCAAACUUCUCUCUGACAUGUGCACAGGUGGGAGUAUACGGGCGAUAAUCAGUUGGAGUUCGCGCAGGAUAUGUAUACUUGAUACUAAUCCUUCGCAGUAAAUAUACUUCUCGUCAUCAGUUUCAAUCUCCCACUCUUAUUUUGAAAUCGCAUCAGGAACUGAGGACAGGGAUAUGUCGAGGGCAGAAGACCUCCCGAUACACAUGACCAAUAUUCGCUCUAAAAGCAGUCCUCCCUCAACUUCGCAAGUGUAUGACUAUGGGGCCUCACCCCGUAGAUUCUCUGCUGAUGCCAUGGGUGGCACCACCCAAACACUAGAGGAUCCUGAUCACUCCUUUAAUGUGCCUCACUAUCCCAUCACUCCUCGCAACGAUACGGGUGGCGGCCGUUCUAGAGAAGUCGCAUUCGCCAAGCCUCCCCUCACGAUCAGAACCAAUCAACCCCAACGUAGAACUACCGUCCCCCUUGCAGAUCAUUCGCCUGGACCGACAAGAUCACCCUGGCAGCCACUUGUUAGUAGCCCGAGUGUUACAUCAUUUGGUGGAUCAGACCACGAUGUGAACUCUGUGCGAGGGAAUUCUUCCCAACCAUCGCUUAUACCGAGCUCGGCCUCAAAUAUACAGCUCUCUCAACGUCACAAAACACCAUCUCUUCUCCCUAUUCAACAUGGCUCGCGGAAAGACAGAACUGCGACUGCUGAUUCGCAAGCUUAUGCGGCUGAAGUCGCCACCUCAGCAUCGGAAGCCUGGAGGACUUGUUCCAAGCGGCUUCGUGAACAUGAUAAGCACAUGGUAAAGGGAUGGAAAGAAGACAUCGACACACUCUUGGUCUUUGCCGGUCUCUUCUCCGCCGUCGUAACGGCGUUCAACGUGGAAGCAUAUAAGCUUUUACAACAGGACCCACAAGAGACUGCUGUUUUACUCCUCGGAAAAAUAGCAGGCCAACUUGGAAGUAAUGUUACAAGCAUUUUGACAGAUCCUGACCAGGAGGUUGAUCCACAUUCGGCGUUUUCUCGGAGGCUCAAUACCCUCUGGUUCGCCUCACUGGUUUUCAGUCUGGCGGCAGCUUCCAUGGGCAUACUGGUAAAGCAAUGGCUUCGUGCUUAUGUGAGUGACUCGGCAAGUUCCCCGCGUGAGAGCGCACGUAUUCGACAGUUUCGACUCGAUGGUCUUCUCAAAUGGAAAGUACCUGAGAUUAUUGCCCUACUACCAGUCAUGCUGCAGACUGCCCUUGCUUUUUUCUUCAUUGGCCUCGUCGACCUCUUAUGGAGCCUGGAUCCUAUCGUCGCAAGCAUCAUCACGGUGUUCGUCACAGCUUCACUCCUAUUCCUCAUAAUCACCACCAUUCUACCUUCUUUCAAUGCAGGAUGUCCCCAUCGAUCGCCACAAGCCCUUUCUGUAUAUCGUACCAGACAAUGGUUUAUUCGGGGGUUGUCUUGGCUAAUACCCAAAAUUGCGAGACUUAUCCCGUCAUGGAGCCAACGUCCGUGGCCAAUAUACGUUGAACCCACAAUGCUUCAAAGCACACAUCGCAAAAUACAUAGGUGGAUAACCACUCUGAUGGACGGUCGACACCGCCGGACGUGGCGUGAACGUGAAAAGCAUCAUAUUACUACUUGCGAGGGAUCUUUGGACUAUCGCAUCCUUGCAGGCGCUGAUGCUACCUUCAUGGAUGACAAGUUCUUACACAAUGUCUUACGUGUCUGUAUCAACGAUACCGAAUGCCCCGCAGCAUUGGAUAGUCUGUGUGAUAUCCUGAAUAAUAGGGCGCACGGGUUCCUGGGAGGAGUACCUCGGUGGAAGCAUUCAGAUGCCGUGGACAGUGGACUGUCAACAUUGGCGCAUCUUGUCACUGAUAUCCUCACAAGGAUCAAUGUCGAGGACGAGACUAGCGUUCUCAGGAUGUUAAACAUGCUGGAUCGGCUAUGUCGCGCCUUCCCAUUCGAGAUAGACCAUCCGGAGAGUGUAUUCCUCUACGAGCAGGUGCACAACAGCCUCGCGCGUUUGAUGUAUGGACGUGACGGUGUUCGAGAGGCUGCCUUUUUAUCGAUGCGGGAGCUCUUCACUCGUUCACAUGUCCCGGUCAACGACGUGGGUGAGUCGACACAUGGUUCUAUGUGGUCAGAGAUCAGAUAUCUGACCUUCUUGACUACAGUUAUUGAGAGUAUAAUCUGCUACACCAGGCACGCUCGGGCGAAGAACCGCGUCCGUGACUUUGACAUGGCAUGCACGAUGGCCCUGUGCUUCGCCAAGUUAGUUCUGAAAGAGUUACCACAUGUGCGUGGACCGCUUGGCGGUAUGCUAGAUGACAUCGAGCACUACAUCAUGACGCGGGAAUUCACCUCAAGCGACGCAGUACCAACUCCGUCCCUUCUUAUGGCUGUUCUAGACAUCGCGGAGAUGGACCCACCCCCUGGUCAGCUCCAGCCUCAUACGGACGUUGAAAAAUCUCAUCACCGGUAUGAGAUUUCAUAACUCUGAAAGUCGAGAUAGCGUCCACGCUACUCAGGCUUCAUCACGGGCUCUGUCUUAUUUGAAGGAACGAUAUGCUGGGUUGUAACCUAGACUGGCACCACAACCUAGGCGAAGGGCAGCUAUUAAGCCGGUGGAUAAUUUGGGCGACUUGAACCUUCACUUGCCCUCAAAUGGUAACCAAACAGGUGGGUCGGCUGGGGGUUCUAUGUCUCAGCCCCCCAAACCAAAUGAAACUGGGCCUAAUAUCGUUUAACUAUCGGUCAAAAGACAACGUCAGUGUAUUCCAUAUAGUUCUUGCGUCGUAUUUUAUUGAGAACCAAGUGACAUUCCUCCUUUUGUUCGGACUUUGUAUGUUUUUAUUAUAAGCCGCCAGAUUUUGCGGCUACGCAGCGUUAACAUGUGACCAGACAUUCUUCCAGUUAGAAAAGACUUCAAAAGAGUGACGAGUAUUCUACAACGAAAAGAUACCCUACUACCGCCUGCAAACACCGUUUGUAUUGGUGAGAAAAUUCUGUGUAUUUCUCUACUCUCAUGACCUCCACUUCCCUUCCAUCUUUCUCGAGAGCUUCGAAAAUCGGGAGCAGUGUUUCCAUCAAGAAAUGUCAUGAGACCCCGUU